AGCAGAUUCUGUACUUUGGGACUAGUAACGCGCACGCCAUGCAGCAAAUUGCUCUGGUCAUGCCUUGGGCUGGUGCUGCUGAUCUCCCCCCAGAAUUAUUCGAACACAUUCUUGCAUAUGUUUCCCCGUAUGAUCGCAUGUUCGGCGUAGCUAUGACACAAAGGGAGCUUGGAAAACUCUCUCUUGUCUGUCGCUACUGGGCGCGGCAGUGCCGUCCGCUCAUGUUCAACAUGAAGCCGACUUUGGAUAACCUGGACGACAUACAGCAACUGUGCCGCUUAGUCCAGUCUCCCAUACAGCUAACACCUAGCUUACGGGACUGUCUCAAGGCAAUGAAUACCAGUUAUAAAGGUUCCUGGACGUACUACUGGCACCAUUUAUCGUCAAAUGGAAUCCACCAAUCUGAAACCACGUUGCAGAACGUGUAUGUACUCGACUCCUCGAUCGAUUCUCAGUCCACCACAGGACAUGCCCCACGGUCGUGGUCUACAGGUCUACCGCGCACCCUGCCCUCUGGACUCAUUUACAUCUGGCGCUUACACCUCACGGACUUGCGUUUCCGCCACGUCGGCGACCUCGUCCAUCUCUUGCACGAAGCCUCAGGGCUCUCCGACGUCAUCUGUACCCGGCUCAGGUUCGAUGACUCAGAGUCUCUCCUGCCUUUUCCCGCCCGUAUUCGACGUCGGCUCUCGCGCGGUAAACGCUGGCGCAUCGAAGUCACAGAGUGCGGAUCGCCCACAGUCAGCACCAAGGUCCUUUUGUCCACCAUAGCGUUCAGUGUACCCAACGGUGCACCCGCAUACUGCCUCGGUAUUGCGCGCUGGGCUUCGCUGUGCGCCGCCGUUCAGGCAGGAGUGCCAUUUGACACGAGCCGCUGCGCUCUCAUCCUCACCUCUGGAGGGCUUGACCGGGGUUUCUGGCUCGAGGUGACCGGACACAACUGCGAGGCGUACGACGAACUCUUUGGCUUGCGGUUUGAAUGUCAUGCGCCUAUACCCCCGCGUUUUGACGUGCCCAACACGGCAUUGUUCUCUUCCGUCACACUCCGAUUAGGUUAUACAAGUAUCUGGAGUGGCAGCGUACCGAUGCACUUCAAGGCGCUAGCAGACCUUUCCCCCUCGCUCGAGCCUUCUACCAACAUCCGCCUCGUGGCAUGGUGCGACUGGCGCGUUUUCAUACAGUGCGCGGAGCUCUUCGUUCGACAUCGGGAUGGACCGCUGGGGCAGCGCUUCAACCGGGGUAGGUUCCACCUCUAUCUAUCCGUCAGCGCCUCCAAGACCGUGAUGGACCUCUCGCACUUCCUCCGCCACCCGGCACCCGAUAUACGCGGGCGUCUCGAACUCGCGAUCUGCACACAUGGACUCGAAGGCUCACACAAAGACGCUGUGCGGGAUGUGUACCUUACUGCCAUCGCGGAGUGGUCGAGGAACCCAGAGACGCGGGGUGCUACGCAGAGAGAACUUUGGUUUCUGCGGUUCCUCUGGAGCACAGAGUACCGGCGGACACGACUCGGCAGGGAGGGGUACUUCCGCGGAGUGCCUUAUUGGAGCACGGCGCACGCGUAUGAGCGCAGAAUACUUUGGCCGGACUACAAGAUCCAAGACUCGCAUUACUUUGUCAUCCCGAACCAGAAAUUUCUCCAAUUCGGCGAGGGUUCUGCAUUGGACGCUGGGUUUGAACACGCGAGGGGCACACUUCGAAAGGCGAAGUCAGAGUCGUCACUCACAAUGACUGUGGUGAGAUCCAGUUCGAUAGAUGAUCAUGUAAGGCCGAGACGUCGUUCGUCUCUGUCGCUACAUCCAACAAAUAGUACCAAUGUCAGAAUAAAGGUAAAUUUCGAUAUAUGA